GAGAGGGAGAGAGAGAGAGAAUCUACGCAUCCUCCCUCCAUUCCACAUGCGACGUUUCAAUAUUUUGCUUCGGAAUUUCCAAUAAAUCAUCUGUUUCAGACCCUGCUACUUCGCCAGUCUACCUUGCUGAGUUAAUAUAUCCAAUUUUAAAACGUAAACAUAAACACAACAUUAUUACAGUAGAAAGUUGAGAGAGAGAGAGAGAGAGAGAGAGGGAGACAUAGAGAGUGUGUGGGGGGGCACUCAGGUACGCGAUAUCAGAGACAAGCCACUUUCUGUGAGAACCCCAUUGUACGAUUCACCCACGAGAGCAGCCCCCCAAUUCAAUCAUGCCAUCCGGUCCCAAGAAGAGAAAGGCUGCAAAGAAAAAGAAAGAUAAGGAAAUCCAUAACCCCUCAACCAAAAACCCUCAAGGAAAUGACGAUUUGAAAUCUCAAGAUGGGAAGGAAAGUGAUGAUGGUGAGGUUAGUAGCCCUGUAUCUCGGGACCAGGAUAGCGAUCAGAAUCCAUUUAAUGAGGGGAGUGAGGAAUUGGGGGAGAGAGAUUCAUCAUCCAUUCGACCAUAUGUUGCUGAGGAAAGGACUAUGUUGGGAGUCCAUAGUGAUGUAGAGGGUGCCCAGAAAAUAGGCUUAGAGGAUGAUGGUGUCGUUGUAAUCGAAAGGGAACUGAAAUCUGAGGAGAAUUCUGAGAGCAAAAAUGUUAGCAUAGAGCAUGUUGAGUUUGCCAAGGAAUCACAUGAUGGGGAUGAGCGUAGCUUUAGCAGUAGUAGUCCAGAUGAUAAGCCCCAAAUCACUGAGGAGAAACCAAACGAGGUGGCUUACAAUUCAGUUUUGGAAGCACGAUCAUAUGAUGAUUUGGAUAAGCCGGUUGAUUCAUCCCAGGUGGAAGUGAUUUGGGUUGCUGAUGAUGGACUGGCUGGGGAGACUUUUAAUUCAAUUUCAGAAAGUGCUACUCUUGUUGAUUCUCUACAGUCAGUGGUACCUGUGUCCCAAGAGACAAUUGGAAUGGCCCCAAGCGCUCCAGUUGAGAAUCCAGUGAUUAUGAAUGUGGUUGAAGUAAGCAAGGAAUCAAGGGAGGGUCUAGCAGCUGUGACGGAUUUUUCAUUGAAGAAAAGUGAGGAAGUAUUUCCUUUAUCUUAUGAAAAUGUACAGGCAUCUUCAAACAUGGUGGAAUCUGCUUCAAAUCGAUAUGAGGGUAAAAUAUUGCCAUCAUCAAGUGCUCCUGUUGCUGCAACUAGUAAUGAUGCAGCACAUGUCAAAGAUUCUGUGAUUCCUGAAUGUUCUGAAAGCCAGCCUAUAGAAGCGCCAGCCCCAAAAGUGGUGCAAAGAACCUCCUGGUUGUGUUGCUGUGGAUUAUUUGAGGUGCUAGCAGGCUUCGGGAGAUAAGUUCAGAAACAGAGCAUGUAUGGGCCAUGGUUUCCUUUUGAUGCAGACACGGCAUGCAUGGGCUUCAGUGAACUGGUGAAGCUUGUGAAACUUAAGAAGGAUUUUGUCUAGAGAAUUUUUUAUUAUUAUUUCCUACUAGAAUUGUUCUUGGUUUUUCCCAAUAAAUAUCAGGCAAGAAGCUUGAUCAGAUAAACAGCUUGAGGUUUGUGGUGAUAGUAUCAAUAUUUGUUGGCGGCUUAGUGUCCCUAGCUUUCAGUACAUGUCUUGUUAAUUUUGUAGUUUUUUUUUUUUUUAAAUAUUCUAAAUGGUGUGUAGUACCUAGUUGCUUUGCAUUGGUAUGGUGGUGGUGCGAUGUGGAUUUGCAAAUUCUUCUAUGAUAUUAAUAUUCCCUUGAUUGCUUUCA